AUGUCAUUUCAGACUCACCAGUCUUAUCUACUGCACACGUGGGCAGGUUAUUUGUGGGAGUUUAUGGACUCUAUGGUUCUUCUUUGUUUCGCUGAGACUGGAAACAACUACAACCAAUUAACCAAGAGGUUUGGCAUGGUCGGUAUGGCUCUGUUGCCAACUCAGAUCCUCUUGUCCUCAAAGCACGCCAACCCAGCUGCCAUUGCUUUUCGCACAACCUACGGGGCGACCAACAAGUGGCAUGCCAUUAUCGGAAAGAUUAUUUAUGUCAUGCUCACGUGCCACUUUGCGCUUUACCUGAACAAAUAUAUCCAAACGGGCGUCUUAUCACAAGUAUUCCGUCAUCGCGUGGUCAUUACUGGCUUACUAACUAUUCAGCUCCGCUUCUAG